AAGAAGUUGGAGGUCUACGUACACUACGUCACAGGAGACGUGCGCGGCUGUACAGUGUAGUGGAACGUGCAGUUUGCGUGAUGUUUUCAUUUCAGAGCGCAGCUCUCGUCGCUGCCAUGCUGUCGGCGGUGGUGUCCAGAGGCCUCUGCCAGGUCGUGACGCAAGCUAACCUUCGGUCGAUCCCGACCUUUGCCUCCUUCGCACGGACUUUCACAGCCUCCACUCCGACCUGCGGCGGAGAGAAGGAGAACGAUGAAGCCUCCGUGGUGACCCACUCCCAGCUGAAGACGAUGCUGACUAACCGUGACAUUCAACUUUUCGACGUCAGAGACCCAGAUGAACACCAGGAAGGACGCAUACCUCAGGCUGUCAACCUCCCAUUGGGAGUCCUUGAAGAGUCUCUGCAGCUUCCUCCUGAUCACUUUGAGCAGAGGUUCAAGGUGAAAGCUCCAGAGAAGGAGGACGGCAACAUCGUGUUCCACUGCAGAAGUGGAAAAAGGAGCUUCAAGGCUUUGGGGAUUGCACACCAGCUGGGAUUUCACAAGGCUCGGCACUACAAAGGAGGAUACUCCCAGUGGGUUGAACAAGAAGGAAAUUGAAUCUAGACUUAAAUCUGCUUCACACUCUUGUAUAUGUUUGUUUUAACUUUUUUGGUACUUUGGUGUUUUUUUAUUGUGACAUUUUUAAAGGUAUAUUCAAUAUACAGAAUGUAUAACAAGAUUGCACAGACUUAACACUCGAUGUUUUAUAACAUUUAGACUGUUACAAGUUUUUUAAAUUGAUUGUGUGAGCUAAAUGUUUCUGUUUAUUCUAAAUAAAGAUAUAAACUACAA